UAAAUCUUUCAAUUUGCUGAGUAAUUUGGUACAGAUAAUGUACGGAAAUAUGUGCCACGUCAAAUUGCAGUCACCUGUAUCUCAAGGAUUAAAAUUACACCCAAAAUUUUCUCGCGCUCAACACAAAUGCUAAAGCGUUUUGCGUUUUGUGGACUUCUCCUAUAUAUAAUCAACAACCUCUAAUACCAGAGUUUGCAUCGAACUCUGUUGUUUCUUGAAUCCUUAUCCUGAUCACAUAGACCUACGUGAUGACUGUGGCUGGGAAGUUGUUGGUUCUCCUACUCUUGAAUGCGAUCUUAUAUAUAGGGACUGCUGCAGGCCCCCCUACGUGUCCUGCACAUCAUCACAGUGAUUGUGCGAAUGCAUCAGGUGAAUGGGAAGGUGAAUUCUUCCCUGGGAUUCCCAAGAUCAAAUAUGAGGGUCCUUCUAGCAAGAACCCCCUGUCGUUUAAAUGGUACAAUGCUAACGAGGAGAUUCUGGGGAAAAAGAUGAAGGAUUGGUUUAGAUUUAGUAUCGCCUUUUGGCACACUUUCCGUGGAACUGGUGGUGAUCCGUUUGGCUCGGCUACAAAAUUUUGGCCAUGGGAAGAUGGCACUAAUUCCCUUGCCAUGGCAAAGAGGAGGAUGAGAGCUAACUUUGAGUUCCUAGAAAAGAUUGGAGUGGAUAAGUGGUGCUUUCAUGAUAGAGACAUUGCUCCAGAUGGUGAAACACUUGAGGAGUCAAAUGCAAAUUUGGAUGAAGUGGUUGCCCUUGCUAAAGAGCUUCAGGGUUCGAAGAUCCGACCUUUGUGGGGUACUGCUCAGUUGUUUGUGCAUCCACGAUAUAUGCAUGGUGCUGCAACUAGUUCUGAAUUAGGAGUAUAUGCAUAUGCUGCAGCCCAAGUCAAGAAAGCUAUGGAGGUUACACAUUAUCUUGGUGGUGAGAACUAUGUAUUUUGGGGUGGUCGAGAGGGUUAUCAGAGUCUUUUGAACACAGAUAUGCAAAGAGAGCUAAAUCACUUGGCUAUGUUCAUGGAAGCAGCAGUUUCUUAUAAGAAAAAGAUUGGAUUUAAUGGAACAUUGUUCAUUGAGCCUAAGCCUCAGGAACCUACAAAACAUCAGUAUGACUGGGAUGCUGCUACUGCUGCUAAUUUCUUACGAAAAUAUGGCCUUAUAGAUGAGUUCAAACUAAAUAUCGAAUGCAACCACGCCACUUUGUCUGGACACAGUUGUCAUCAUGAAGUUGAGACAGCAAGAAUUAAUGGGUUGCUUGGAAAUAUUGAUGCAAACAGUGGUGAUCCACAAACUGGUUGGGACACCGACCAGUUUCUGAUGAAUGUGCCAGAAGCAACCCUGAUUAUGCUCUCAGUUAUCAAGAAUGGGGGCAUAGCACCGGGAGGAUUCAACUUCGAUGCUAAAUUGCGAAGGGAGAGCACCGAUGUAGAAGAUUUAUUCAUUGCUCAUAUUGCGGGUAUGGAUACCCUGGCUCGUGGCCUCCGAAGUGCUGCAAAGCUGAUUCAGGAUGGUUCUCUGAAUGAACUUGUUCGCAAGAGAUACCAGAGUUUUGAUACUGAGGUUGGUCAAGCCAUUGAGGCUGGAAAGGCUGAUUUUGAAAUGCUGGAGAAGAAAGCUUUUGAAUGGGGUGAACCAAAAGUUGUUUCUGCUAAACAGGAACUUGCGGAGAUGAUUCUCCAAAGCGCACUGUAAUCGUCUGAAGAUCGAAGACAAAUUGUGUACACCAAGUAGUUGAGAAAAUUACUUUUUUUUAGCUUUUAACAGUAAUGAUGAAGUUAUUUCAUUUGUUUAUAUAUGACAAUUAGCCAGCUAUGGUUGACCGUGUUUAUGAUAUGAUGAGUAAAUAAAAUUCCAUAAACUGUCUUGUGUUGGAACUAUCUUAAAUGAGAAUUCUUUAAUGGAAAAAGUGUC